AGCGGCUCUCAUGUGAUGGCUCUUGCCAAUGACGUUCCAGCCAUAUGGGCCUGGCAUCACACGGCCUCGCUACGCAAGUCACCCGUGCGCUUCCUCCCCUUGCGCGCGUCUGGGCUGCAGACAGAGGCAGGGUGGCUGCAGAAGAAGAAGAAGAAGAAGAAGAAGAAGAGGAGGAGGAGGAGGAAGAGGAGGAAGAGGGAGGUAGGCUCACAAGCGAGGACCACACGGCAGUCUCUUCUUUGCCCUGCACGACGCGUUGUCGACAUGGUGUAAACAAAACCCAGGUGACAAUGUUGAGCCGUCUCUUCAGUGAGGUUCUGCCGGACGUCCAGCGGCUGGCGGCAGAUUGGGCCGACACCCCCGACGAGGUGGCCAAGGUGAAGAGCGAGCAUGAGGGGCACCUCGGCGGCGAGGACGAUCUGGACGAGGCGCGCGGCGGCGACAGCAGCAGCCGAGCCGAGUCCGAAAUGGCAGAUGAGGAGGAGGACGAGGAGGAGGAGGAGGAGGAGGAGGGCGGUGUUGAUGAAGGGCCCGAGGAGAAAGGCAACAAAAAACGCGGUCCGAAGAAGCGCAAGACGAGCGCGGCCCGCCAGGAGCGCUCCAAAGUGCGCCGGGUGAAGGCCAACGCCCGCGAGCGCACGCGCAUGCACGACUUGAACUCGGCGCUGGACAACCUGCGCAAGGUGGUGCCCUGCUACUCCAAGACGCAGAAGUUGUCCAAAAUCGAGACGCUGCGCCUGGCCAAGAACUACAUCCUGGCGCUGGGCGAGAUCCUGCGCAACGGCAAGCGGCCGGACGUGGUGAGCUACGUGCAGAUGCUGUGCAAGGGCCUCUCGCAGCCCACCACCAACCUGGUGGCCGGCUGCCUGCAGCUCAACACGCGCAACUUCCUCACCGAGCCGGACGCGGGGCGCUUCCACAUGCCCGGCUCACCCUUCUCCUUGCACCCGUACUCGUCGUCGUCGUCGUCGUCGUACCGGUGCCGCCUCGCCAGCCCCAACUACCAAGGCCCGGGCGGCGGACCCCUGAACCUACGCGGGCACUCGUACCCCUCCGGCUUCGAGGCCGCGUACGCUCCAGGCGGGGCCUCCCCGGACUACCUGAGCCCGGAUUACGAGGGCCAGCGCAGCCCGCCGGGGUGCUUGGGCGUCGGCGUGGGCGCGUCCGGCAAGCAACAGGAGCUCGACGCGGAGCGGAACUAUCAUUACUCCUCUAUGCAUUACUCCCGAGCCGGACGCGGUUUGACGUUUGGCCCCUCUGGAGCGCGCGGCGGGGGCGCGCACUCCGAGAACAUCCCCCCCUUCCACGAGGGCCACCACGAGGGCGCCGUGGGCCCCUACGAGGACAUCAGCGCCUUUUUCCACAACUGACUCAAUUGAGUCACAAUCCUUAUCUUCUCCUGUAAUCCGAUUACAUGAUGUUGUUCAUUGUGCGGUACCGUGUACGUGCGUAUGUUUGCGUGUGUGUGUGUGUGUGUGU